AUGAUGGUCAGGUUACCGGAGUACCACAAGCACCUGUCCCAGCACGUCUUCGGUCCCUCUCAUCGUGGAAAUGCGGCGUCGGUUGUCCCUAUUACAGACAACCCUGGUCUCCAGAAGGACGUCUCCAGCAGCAGGUCUCCAGCAGGAGGUCUCCAGCAGGUGGUCUCCAGCAGCAGGUCUCCAGCAGGUGGUCUCCAGCAGCAGGUCUCCAGCAGGUGGUCUCCAGCAGGAGGUCUCCAGCAGGUGGUCUCCAGCAGCAGGUCUCCAGCAGGAGGUCUCCAGCAGGAGGUCUCCAGCAGCAGGUCUCCAGCAGGUGGUCUCCAGCAGGUGGUCUCCAGCAGGAGGUCUCCAGCAGCAGGUCUCCAGCAGGUGGUCUCCAGCAGGAGGUCUCCAGCAGGUGGUCUCCAGCAGGAGGUCUCCAGCAGCAGGUCUCCAGCAGGUGGUCUCCAGCAGGAGGUCUCCAGCAGGAGGUCUCCAGCAGGAGGUCUCCAGCAGGAGGUCUCCAGCAGCAGGUCUCCAGCAGGUGGUCUCCAGCAGGAGGUCUCCAGCAGGAGGUCUCCAGCAGGAGGUCUCCAGCAGGAGGUCUCCAGCAGGUGGUCUCCAGCAGGAGGUCUCCAGCAGGUGGUUUCCAGCAGCAGGUCUCCAGCAGCAGGUCUCCAGCAGCAGGUCUCCAGCAGCAGGUCUCCAGCAGGUGGUCUCCAGCAGGAGGUCUCCAGCAGCAGGUCUCCAGCAGGUGGUCUCCAGCAGGAGGUCUCCAGCAGGAGGUCUCCAGCAGGAGGUCUCCAGCAGCAGGUCUCCAGCAGGAGGUCUCCAGCAGGUGGUCUCCAGCAGGAGGUCUCCAGCAGCAGGUCUCCAACAGGUCUCCAGCAGGAGGUCUCCAGCAGGAGGUCUCCAGCAGGUGGUCUCCAGCAGCAGGUCUCCAGCAGCAGGUCUCCAGCAGGACCAUGUUCAACAGCCUGCGGUAUACAUUGUCUAACAGACUCGUGCGUCGGGUCUCCAAAGGUCUAUCUACAAUGA